AUGCAGCACUCCACCACAACUUAUGCGGCCAUCGUUGCCCUUCUCCAUCUCACCUCGUCCGUCACUGCUGCACCUAGUGCUCCAAUCAGCAGCACCAAGGCCGUCGCAGCGCCCGAAAUCAGAACCAUCAGACUAGGCCACGAACUCAUCGAAGGUGAACCGAAAAUGCUUGGUGCGUAUUCCUGGACUGCUGGAGAAGCAUGUACGACAAAUUCAUUCAGUGGACAUAACUGGUUUGAUGACGGUCCCUGCCGAGCCUAUUUCUCGCCUUCCGGCACAGGAAAUCAGUAUUACAUGGAGGGGUGCGAUUCACCAAACGGAACGCAAAUCAUUGAUAUUUUUGACAAACAGGUCGGUGAAUGCAAGGAGGAGGAGCAUGAGGACGACUGCGGCGGUGGUAACAAGUACAUUGGAAAAUAUCUCUGCACUAUCGACAUGGCUGCAACGGAGGCGCCUGGCAAAUAA